AUGAUGGGGGAACGACUGCUUCUCCAUGGAACUCUCUCCUUCCUGAUGCUUACGGCUGCCUGCCAGGCCCACGACCUUCCACUGAGCCAGGCUGACAAUGAGGCUAGUCCCCUGUGUGAAAAGGAGACUGAGUCCUGGGGGGCCAUAUUCAGCGAGGAGCGCCUGGAUGCUUGGAUCUGUUCUCUGAUUGGUUCAGUUAUGGUUGGGCUGAGUGGGGUCCUUCCCCUGCUGGUAAUUCCUCUCGAGACAGGGGCAGCACUGAAGUCAGAAGGUAAGCACCCCCUGAUGACUUCUGCCUUCUUUUUCUGGCUCAGCAUCCCAGUCAGGGAUUGCUUAGGGUAGCACAGCUUUUAAAUGCAAGACCUGGAUAUGGCAUGCUUAUUGUAAUACAGGAGCAAUAUGCUGUUAUCAAGUCAUUCCAUGAAGUCAGGUGGGCGGACAGUGGCUAAGUUUAGGGUGUUGAGCAUGUGCUGGUGGAUUUUCUAAAAUAGGACCUUCACCCUCUAGUAGUAAACCAAAUUUCAUGUGGAUUCUGUGACUUGUGUAACUGAUGCAUAGGUAUGAGUAUUUUGUAAGCCUCUGUUUCCUACUAGCCAUGGGAAGGGGCAAAGCAUCAGGCAUAACAAUGAAGCCCUGUCUUCUGGCCACUGGAAAUCCAAUUGGAAAUCCCUCCUUUCUGUGGCUUUUGAGAUUUCCCUUGGCACCACUUGCAUAGUUUUGAUUUUAUCUUUGUACUCUUAACGGCUAGAAGCAGGAUAUUGACUUCUACACUAAGUUGUGUGUUUGUGUGGUGCGGGCUCAAAACUGUGGAAUAAACACAGCCCUGCUCUCUUCUCUAGACACUAGGCAGACACAAUUUUCCCACUGGCCCUACCUCCCCUUGCGAGUUCACAAACGCCCCACUGCGUUCUGUUGUCAAAUAGCAGGAGCAAUGUACUAGGUGUUUCAACUGGCUUUCCCAGUUUCAGCAUUUUCUUGGAAGCAGACAAAGCAUCCUGAUCAGCUGCUAUGGCAGCACACCCUAUGCAUGGGGGAAGAGAUGACUGUUCCCUCAGCGUUCCCAUGAGUAGCAUAGCAAGAUGAGAUCAAGCUCUGUGGUGACUGGCUGCUCUUUGUCUUUUCAGAGGGAUCCCAUCGGAUGAAGCAGUUUUUGAGCUUUGCCAUUGGUGGGCUCCUGGGAAAUGUUUUUCUGCACCUGCUCCCAGAGGCCUGGGCCUACACCUGCAGCGCCACUGCAGGUAAUGCCUGGAACUGUGCAAAUGCCUUGAAAUCACACAGGCACUGAUCUGCAAGGCACGCCACAGCCAUUUCUUUCCCUGCGUCUGCACAGAUUGUUGUGUUGCAUUUGGGCUCUCUUGUUAUCUUUUCAAAGGGGACGCCUGGACUUGUUUUCUCUCUGUUCUAUGCUUUGACUCUUAAUAAUACUAAUAAUAUAGUCAUGCUUCUUCCAAAGCUAUGUCAAAUGAAUUACUAAUUAACUUGUUGCACUUGUAACCCACCUCGCCUCCAAGGAGCUCAAGAUGGUGAACAUAGUUCUUCUCUUCCCCAUUUAUCCUCACAACAACCGUGUGAGGUAGGUUAGGCUGAGAGUGAACAGCUGGCCCAAGGUCACCCAGUGAGUUUCAUGGCUGAUUAUCAUAGGGAAAAUGCCUUGUCCCUCUUCCCCAACCUGUAGCCCUCUAGAUGUUGUUGGAGGACAGGUCCCGUUCUCCAUGGCCAUUGACCACUAUGGCAGGAGUUGAUGGGAGCUGUAGUCCAACAACCAGGCACCAAGUUGAGGAAGGAAUUCUCUUCUAUAGAUGCAAGAGAUGAAACAAACACAGCCGCCUUUGCUCCUGAAUAGCAUGUUGUUGCCUCUCUGCACUUCAGCAGCCUUGAGGAAGGGUGCUCUUCCAUGCAGCUCUGCACUUAACUGCUUGAUUCAUAAAGGACAACUUCCUCUGAUCUUGAAGAUCUGCAUAGGUCUCCCUCCAUAAGAAGGGCACCUGCCCUUGCGCUGCUGCCUGCCUUGAGUCCGCAGGUGUUGUUGCCUCCUGAAAAUGUGACCUUGGAAGACUUUCCCCGCCUUGUCAGCCUUUAUCUGGCCUUUGGGCUUCAGGAUUGCAUUACCCCACACAUGCCUGUCAUUCUCCCUUGCCUACAGCCAGUCUCAACAGCGUGUGGGAAGCUGACCGCACUCCAUCUAAUCAAAAAGGACAUAUUUUGUCCUUAGGCAAAGAACUUUGCCAGGGUGUGGCGGGAGGAGGAGGAGGAGGAAUGAGCUCUCCAGAGCACAGACUUCAUGCCUGUGCACGCAGCUUAGGCAGGCUCAGUUUCAGAAUUUGCACUGGUAAACGUGUGGCUAUAACCAGGGGCUGCCUAUGUCUCUUUGCACACACAAAAAAAUCCCAGCUUUUUUCUCUGAAUAAAACAUGCAGAGUUAAUAAAUUUGCAAGUAAAGCAUCUCCAGCUUGCAGGAUUUGAGUUUUCAAGGAAUCAACAUUCUGUCACAGGAAGUGGGUUGACAGGGAGCUAGGUGCGUGAAGGUAUCCAGGAAGAGAUGGAUGGGGAGAGAUAUACAGCAAGAGAGACAGAGAGUAUUAGCCAUAGGAAGAGGGAGCUAUAGAAAGCACAGGUGCCCCCCCACCCUUUGCUACAGAGUCCUCUUCUAUUUUCAAGGCUUCUUUUUUCUACACUUGAGAAGAGUGCUUGAGAACAGAAGAGCUUUGCUGGGUCAAUUUAUUAUAGAUUCACCCACUCCAGCAUCACGCCCAGAGCUCAUCCAUCCUUCCCGUGCCUACCUGUGUUGUUUACAGGUGAUUGAUGCUCUGGGUCAGUUGGCAUCCCCACUAUAGCUGACAUGUGGAAGCACCCUUAGACUCUUUUGUUUCAGCUUUAUCAGAGAUGUGUGCUGAGUGUGUGGGUUCUUACUUUACACCAGCAGCACUGAUACUCUAGAUCAGGGUUUCCCAAACCUGGGUCUCCAGCUGUGUUUGGACUACAACUUCCAUCACCUCUAGCUAGCAGGACCAAUGGUCAGGGAUGAUUGGAACUGUAGUCCAAAAGCAGCUGGAGACCCAAGUCUGGGAAACCCUGCUCUAGAGUGCACUGGCCCCAGAUUUGUAUGUCUCUUCUGGAAACCAGAAUGUGUGAAUGAAGCAGGGGGGGUUUACUUUUGUUUGCUUUUGGGAGGGGAAAAUGGUUUUGGGGGCUCCUGAUUUUCAGGUUACGGUGAGACUUGCCCAUUCUACCUCUUUCCCCUCUGCAGGAGAAGGGCAGAGUUUCCAGCAGCAGAAGCUCCUGGGACUCUGGGUGAUCAUUGGUUUGCUGACCUUCCUGAGCCUCCAGAAGAUGUUCCCAGACAGUGGAAAGGAAGGAAGCUCCAGCUUGGUGAGUGGAUUCUGAGAGGGGCGCAAGAUCCCAGUUUGAUUAUGACAUGUGAUGUUGCCAUGGGAUCUUGGAAACGCAGCAUGAAGCUUAAUUUCCUAUCCCUCCCAGUAGCCUCUUCGGUGAUUCAGGAGGCAUGACAUAAACUCAUGGUGUGAAGGUCAGCAGGAGAACAGAAGGGCUCCAUAAUGCCCUAUGGCAGGGAUGGUUAACUUGUGGCCUUCCAACAUGUUGUUGCACUACAGUUCCCAUCAUUCUUCACCAUUUGGCUGGGGCUGAUGAGCGUUAGAUUCCCAAAACAUAUGGAGGGCCACAAUUUAACCACCCCCAUCCUAUAUGAGUUCCCGCCCCCACCAUGUGCACAGUUCCUCUGUACUUGGCAUAAAUUCCUCUGUAUUUGGCAUAAAUGCUUUCAGUGUGGUAUUUGAAUACAUUGUGGAAAAUACAAAAUAUGGGAUUUUCAAGAUUUGAAUUGUGUGUGUGUUUAGGUUAGAGUAGGGAGUCAGGAAAGCAGGAUAUCUGUUGGCUUCCCCGUCAACCUUGCAUGAGCAAAGUGGAGGUCGUCCUUGUCUGAUUUGUGUGACUUUGCCUAACAAACCACUUAAAAUGACAGUCUCUGGGCUUCUGUGUCCUUUUUUUGCAAACUUUCUUCUGCUUUGGAGAUCAUCAGAUGUGAAGUAGCUAUAGUUUUCUUUGAGUUUAGGAUAGCACUGUAUGAAGGGAAUGGAAGAAAGGUUUCUGGGCCACUGUUUGAUGGACAUGGAAAAAGACCAGCCGCUUCUCCGUGACAUAGGUCAGUGAUUCCAAAGCACCUGCUAAACGGAUUCCAAAUGGAAGCAGUUUCUCUGCUGUGCAGGAGGCAGCCAGUCCAGUCCAAAGAAAGAAGUUGGGCACAGCUCAGAGUAAUGGUUCUUCUCACUUGUCUUCGCUACCAGCCCAGAAGAUCAAGGUAAACCAUUUGGUGGUGGGGGUGGGUUCCAUGGGCCAGUGGGGAAAAUGUGAUGUGUGUCUAAGCAAAAACAACUCAAAAGGAAGUUCAAUAACUUCCUGAAAGCAAAGACGGCAGGCAGAAUUUAAAAAAAAUAGCCAAACCCUUACUUUUAGGGGAGAUCAGGCAUGCAGAUGCUUUCCUCUUAAACAUGUAUGAAUCUUCCCUAUAGUGAGUCAGACCGUUGGGCUGUCUAGCCCCAUCCACUCUGACUGGCAGUAGCUGUCUAGAGUCAAAGUCAGAGUUUUUCCCCAGUCCCACAUAAUUGGCAGGGAUUGAGCCUUGGAUCUUACCACUGAAUGAUGGUUUCAACUCCAUCAUCGCCUGCUUGGUUUGGACCUUCACCUGCCUUCUCCUUGAUCCUUUAUGUACACAGUCUUUACCUGAACUUAAGCCGCUUUCUUUAAAAGUUUCUAUCAUUAAAAACAAAAUUCCCGUGUCUUUACAAAAAUGCCAUCUCUCAACAUCUUUCAGUUCCAGUUCAGGAGAGGCGAACUGGACCACAUCCACUAAGAGAAAAGCCCCGUGCUGCAUUCCUGUUUGACAGCUGACAACCCAUAUUUUAAUUUUCUGCAUCUGCUUGUCAAAACAGGAUAACUCACAUCCAUUGGGUUGUUAGAAUACGAUAGUCACUUUAAAGACUGCUGCUUACUAUGUUAUGUGCCUCAUUAACCACAUUCACAAGUUUUAUAUAAGCUACAUUGUAGAUAAAAUUGGCAUUCUUAUCUUUGUUUGUGAAAUGGCCUUUGUCUGUGGUCUCCUUGUCUUUCAGGUGUUAGAUGCUCUGAUUUUAUUUCUCUUUCUUUCCCCUGCCACUGUAGAUCAGCGGAUACCUCAAUCUUUUGGCCAACACAAUAGAUAAUUUCACACAUGGCCUGGCAGUGGCAGCCAGCUUUUUGGUUAGCAGAAAGGUAAGUUCCCUGUUUAGGGGACCUGUUUGCCUCUCCCCUAAUGUUUAGAUCCCAGAGGUUGGUGUUAAAAGCAAGUAGACGAAUAAGAAGCAAUUCUGUGCUGUUUCUGUAUAGCUUUUUCCUAAUACUUUCACUCUAGCAGAAUAUCUAUAUAAUAUGUAUUAAAUAACUACAGCUUUUUCCACAUUCUUCCUUAAAACCCAACACUAAAAGCCCUUGCAAUUGCUUUGAACACUAAAACUGCACAGAUCACCAUUCAAAGGGAGGCGGGGUCAGCAUCUCCCCUUUUCCCCAAGGAAAAAAAUGUUUAGAAAAGUCUUGCUUUGCUGCACUUGUGUCCCUGUUGAGUGAUAUGGAAUGUCUUAACAUGUUUCUGCCAUUGGCUGUAGGUUGGGCUCCUGACCACUAUGGCAAUCCUUCUGCAUGAAAUUCCCCAUGAGGUAAGCGGGAUCUGUAUUAGGCUUGCUGGGAAGUUGUCUCAAUGUUUUGUCUGAGCGGGAGGCCAGGGCUUUAUUUGAAAGAGUGAGCAAAUCUCUGUAAUAUACACACUCUGUAAUACACACACACACACACACACACACACACACACCUAAUAAUAUACAAAACUUUCCAGAGUAACAAAAUCCAAAAAGGUACCUGCCCCAAGAAUCUUACAAUCUGAAUUUUGACAAUGAAUGAAGUAAAUGGAAUGGAAGGGAGAGACAAGGGAUAAGCAAAUAUUGUAUAUUUGCACAUCCUUAGGCUUUCUCUUAGCCAAAGUGUUGGCGGCGGUGGUGGCAGAUGGUGAAUGUUCUGUUUGCUUAUAAUUACUUAUUGCCAACCAAAUAAUUGGAAAGAAUACUUUUCCUCCCUAUGAGGCUAGAAUAAAUGAGUUAACUGACUAUGUUCCAUGUUUGACUUCCCCACUUGUUAACUCUGAGGCUUGGAAUUAGUUAUCUGUUCAGGAAAGGGCUUUUUGUAGAUGGCAAUUCUGGAAAAGAGCUUGCAGUGCCAUGCUUUGGGACUGUUGUCAGCUUCAGUGCAGUUCUCUUUUUUUUUGUCCCCGUUCUGUUGCUGUAGGUGGGAGAUUUUGUCAUCCUCCUUCGUGCUGGCUUUGAUCGCUGGAGCGCAGCCAAGUUACAGCUCUCCACGGCCCUUGGGGGCAUUCUCGGGGCUUGCUUUGCAAUCUGUGCUCAGUCACCUAAAGGGACAGGUAAGACUUGGAGUAUGCAGAAGGGAUGAAUGAGAGACCCCCAUAUCCAUCCCAUCUUACCCAAAUAGUUCUCUCCUGCCACCUCCUGGUCACUGAUGUGUUUCUCACUAUCCACACAGGGGAAACCAUCGCUUGGAUUCUCCCAUUUACCUCAGGGGGCUUUUUAUACAUCGCCUUGGUAAAUGUUGUGCCCGAUCUCUUAGAAGAGAAGAAUCCUUGGUAAGUGUCUUCACCACAUCUAUUUAUGGGAAGAAAAACUUGUGGGGGGUGGGAAACACCCCAUGCAUAACUUCCAGGGCAGCAAAGGGAAAUCUGUGGCCCUCCAUAUUGUUGGAGUACAUCUCCCAUCAUCCCUAUUGACUGUGUUGAUGGGGCUGAUGGGAGUUGGAGUCACGCAACAUCUGAAGAACCAAAGCUUCCCCAUUCCUGACCUUGGAGCCAUUAUAAGCCGCCUUGAGGGUCCCAGGAGGAAUAAAAAUGUGGGGGGGUGGAAGGAUCCAGAUCCUCAUCAUGCCUGAUCUUCAGCCCAUCCUCUCUUUUUCUUCUUUUCCUUCGCCUAGGAACUCAGUGCAACAAGUACUCCUCCUGUGCACUGGCAUCAUUGUCAUGGUGCUUCUCUCAUUCACUACCGAAUGA